GCUGCUGCCGCCGCCGCUCUGAGAUAACCAUGUCGGCCAUGAGUUUGCUGUGCGAGCUGUAUGAAGAGAGCAAUGAGCUGCAGAUGGACGUGAUGCCGGGCGACGGGGAGCUGCCGCAGAUGGAAGUCGGCGGCGGGAACCGGGAGUUGUCCCCAAACCUCAGCCGCCCAGAUGCCUUGCUGCUGCCUGAGGAGGAAGGCCCCAUGGAGGAGGAGGAAGAGGAGGCCCAGGCAAUGGCGGAGGCCGCCGGCCCAGGGCUGCAUCUCGGCCCCCUCGCAGUCCCCGACCUGGAGAGCGAGGACGAGGACUUGGACGACUGGGAGGACGACUGUGAUUUCCCCGAGGAGGAGCAGCAGCUGAGCGGCGCGGGCUACCGGGUGUCCGCGGCCCUGGAAGAAGCCAACAAGAUGUUCCUGAGGACGUCCCGGGUCCGAGAGGCGGCCCUGGACGGCGGCUUCCAGGUGCACUAUGAGAAGACCCCCUUCGACCAGCUGGCCUUCAUCGAGGAGCUCUUCUCCCUCAUGGUGGUCAACCGCCUGACUGAAGAGCUCGGCUGCGAUGAGAUCAUCGAUCGGGAGUAAAGCGAAGAAGAGGGGGGCCUCGGCGA